AUGGACAUGAAUCAUUUGAUUGGCUUCCCCAGUUACGUGGGCACCCUUCAUGAAAUCAACCCCGAGGCCUCCACCAUCGCCCUUGAGAAUGUCGUAUCAUUUGGCACAGAAGGCCGACGCGGCAAUGUCGACGAAGUUCCUCCUUCUACCGGCAUCUACGAGUACAUUGUGUUCCGCGGGAGCGACGUCAAAGACAUUAGCGUUGCUGAGGAGGAAAAGAAAGACAACGCACAGCCCGAACCUCCUCGGGUGCCUGAUGACCCCGCUAUUUUAGGAGUAAGUCAGAAUCCGUUACCACCAUACUUGUCUCCAGCCGCCCAGCCCAUUUAUCCUUCGACCGUCAUGGUCGGGCAUUGA